AUGCGCUCCUCUCUCCUCCUGAAGUCCUCCUCUCUCCUGCUAAGCCUCUUGCGACUUGCAUCGGCUCAGAGCAUUGUUCCGACGUCGUCCUCCGCCCAAUUCCCUAGCUGCGCACUCAGUUGCACGGUCCUGCUCCAGGCGCAGACUGCUUGUGUGCCCCCGCUCGUGCCAGUCACAAAUCAGAUCACCUACGAAAAUUGCUUCUGUCAGAGCAGCCUUCUACAGGCAUUGUAUAGUACUCCAGACGCCAUCUGCACUGCCGAGUGCACGAGCGAGUCUGAUCGAACGCUAUUGCAAACAUGGUUCACAAAUUUUUGUCAACAGGUUGGUCGCGGUAUCGAUCCAUUGGCGAGCACGACUUCCGUUCUCCAGCCGAGUUCUACAGCCGUGGUAACCAUCACGAGCUACUCUACACCUCCAGCCGCUACAAACACAGGGACGGGCAGCGCAUCCGGACCGGCUCCCCAUUCGCACCAAUCCUGGAUCGAUGGUCAUUGGCGGUGGAUCCUCAUGAUUGGGGUCCUUGCAGUGGGGUUCGGACUUCUCACGUGGCUAGCAAUCUGGUUCAAGCGGCGACAUAAUAGGAAGAUUGAGGAACGAAGAGCGGCCGCCUCGGGGUUCCCUACAGCUGACGAGCAGAGAGGAGGAGCUCGUUCGGCAACUCCAGAUCUCUGGGGUCCGCAUCAGCACAUGCAUUAUACGAAAGGCUGGGAAUAUCACAAUGACCCAGCCGUUAUGGGAGGCGGCGUGCUCGCGUCUUCCUCCAGCAGACGUGACAGAAAAUCCAAGAGAGCCUCCUCCCAAGGGAAACACCGGGAUCUUCCUGAAAUGGCCGAACUCGGUGGCGGCAGACCGCCGGCUUCAAGGCAGCACUCAUCAUCCAAAGGCAAAGCCAGGGCGACAGAUGAAAUCAUGCCAGUUGAGUCCGAAACAAGGCAUGCGGACCGAAGCCGUAGCAGGAGCCAAAGGCGGAGAAAUCUGGAUAGUGACCCGGAAAGAAGCCAAGUCGACUCGGAGCACCAAAGACGACUCCGCGAGGUCAGGGGCAGUCGGCGAAAGAAGGAUGCCGACCAGACAUGA